CCACGUUGCCUGGCGACGGUAUUCCUACUCUGAGCCUCCGGAACAACCGGCGCGAAGUGCUCCUCUUCCUUCUCCGGCUGCUCCAGACUCCGGACAGAGGCUGGCCAGUCCGCCGCACGACGCUACGAAGAACGCGAAGACGAGGAGAUCUUGUCUUCCGACCACUCUCAGUGGCAGACUUCUUACGUCAUUGUCGUCGCCGCCGUCGCUGUCGUCGUCGUCGUCGUCGUCGUCGUCGUCGUCGUCGUCACCGUCAUCGUUUCCCUUCGCGCUCGGGGAGCCAGCUAAGUACGACUUCCGCCUGCUUCUCUCGAUCCGCUCGAGAUCGCGUCCAAGUUUUCGCGCGGGAGCUUUCAAAUACCACGUGUGAAAUAUCUCCGUCGUGCGAAAAAAAAAGAAAAACGAAACGGUGCGACUGCCUUUCGAGUGCCAUACACGCCUUUCCAUGUUCCUCGCAGCGAUGAAUUAUCGCCAGACGAAGUCAACCGAAAGCCCAUUCUCGCCCGCUGGAAGCGGGAGCGGUGCUACGCGACGAAAGAGGGACGAGUCCGCGAGGAACGCGCCCACGUCGACGGACGAUAGAUCGCACGUGGCAAAUUCCACGAGGACCGCGUCCGGACGUUGGCCGUCAUGGGCACCAUCGAUCAACUUCGAGAAGUUCUGCGGCUGCAAAGUGAGCGACGUGUCGAGCUUUGAGAAUUUCACACGGUUCCUCUAUCGCCCGACCGAUCCGGCAAGUCUGGGAGUGGCCAGAGCUCUAUUCGGUCUGUGCAUGGUGAUAGACGUCGUCGAGGAGAGAGGAUUCGCGAACAUCGACAUCAAAUGGGGCGACCCAUGGGAAUGUCACUUCCCGUUGAUCCACGGGAUGAGGCCACCGUCGUUACCAUGGAUGAUUAUGCUGUACACCGUGAUGUGGAUUGGCGCCUUCGGGAUCGCGCUGGGUCUGCGCUUCAAGCUCGCGUGCGCCUGCUUCGCCCUGCCCUACUGGUACAUCUUCCUGCUGGACAAGAGCUACUGGAACAAUCACACCUAUCUGUACGGCAUCGUGGCGAUCUUGUUCUGGGGCACCGGGGCGGACAAGUACUUCGCGCUGGAUGCGAGCAAGGCGAGACGGCGCGACGGCAGCGUGCCUUACUGGAACUACUUCAUCCUGAAGUUUCAGUUUUUCGUGCUUUACUUCUUAGCCGGCCUGAAGAAGUCCAGCCGGGAGUGGCUCGAAGGCUACGCCAUGACCAACCUGUCUAGACACUGGGUCUUCUAUCCUUUCCAUUUCUUUCUUACCACCGAGCAGACGGACUUCCUGAUCGUCCACUGGUUUGCCUUCGUCUUCGACUUGUCCGUCGGUUUUUGGAUGCUGCUCGAGAAAACACGAAUACCAGCCAUGGUACUUUGCACAGCUUUUCACUUAAUGAACACGAGGCUAUUUAGUAUAGGGAUGUUCCCGUGGGUGUGUCUGGCGACGAUGCCGCUAUUCUGCCACGUAGAUUGGCCACGCAAAUUGGGACUUUGCUUCGACUGGCGUCGGAAGGUUUCCGCUGCUGAUGGCAGCUCGAUCGACGAUCGAUCGAAGGUAUCCUCGAGGUCCGAUCGCUCUGGGUCGUCUUCGAGCGAAGUCUUGGACGAUAGAGCGACGCACGAAGGUAAAAAAGAAAUAGACCGAGAUUAUUUUGCUGAGCCGGAAGCUGAAGAAGAAAUUGACGGGGGUGACGACAACACGCGGCUACCUACGGAUUCGACCGAGCCCAGUGAAGAAGAAGAAGAAGAUGUAAAUGUUCGCGAAAAUAUUCCAGGGGCUCGACGAACGACGAAGGUCACGAGGAAGCAGAAGUUCGUGGUGUCCAUGUUGCUGUGUCACAUCGCGCUGCAGUUCUUCCUGCCGUAUUCGCAUUUUAUAUCGAAGGGUUACAACAAUUGGGUGCCAGGACUAUAUGGCUAUUCGUGGGACAUGAUGGUCCACGCCUGGGACACCGUACUGGUGGUCAUCAAGGUGCACGACAACGUCAACAACAAAGUCCGAUACUUGGACCCUGAAGCGUGGGUGCAGAGCGACCGGUGGGUGAGACACGCGGACAUGGCAUUGCAGUAUUCGCAAUGUAUGAAGGACAACCUGAUGCGCCGGAAAGAGAAGGCUCUGAGCGACAGCCGGCAAGCCGAGGAGAAGCAGAUGUGGAUGAAGCUAUCCGCGAACUUGAGCAUCUACAUAGACGUGUGGUGCUCGCUGAACGGCAGAUUUCAGCAGAGAGUUUUCGACCCGCACGUCGACAUGCUGACGGUCGACUGGCAUCCCUUCAAGCCGGUUUCGUACCUGAUGCCGUUACUCACGCAGUACAAUUCGUAUCGAUACGAAAUGGAGAAGAUCCUGCAGCACGUAUAUACCUGGUCGAAUUAUACGGACGUGUUGUUCGUGGCCGAUUUUCCGGGCAUGUAUCUGGAGAACUACAUAUCCACCGACUUCACCAACAUCUCUUUGACCGUGCUGGAAGGUGAAGUGACUUACGUGGACGAGAAAUCGCCGGAUUCGACCACCGUGCUGAAGGGUAAAUCGAUACCGGUGAAAGCCGGGAUGUUUCAUCGAGUGAAGACGACAAGCUCGUAUCCAGCAUGUUACAUGUACACCUACACCAAUCGGACGCAACAAUCGGAAAACAGCGAGAGAAAAACGCCUCCUCCGGCCAUAAACGAUACGCUGCCGCUACUGAAGGAAGUCAAUUACAAGAUCAAUGCGUGGACGAAAGCGCUUUCUCACAUAACAAAUGCCUUCUUUCAUCUGGCGUAUGGCGUACCUAUGGUACGGCGAGUGCGCAUCAACAAAUAACGUGUCAUUUAAAUCUGUCGAUUAAACAAUUAACUGAACAAGCUGGAGAUUUGUGCAUCAGCAUCUUAUUGGCGCGCUUCUUAGUUUUAUUCCAUAUUUUGCCAAAUCCUUUUAUUCUGUGCAGUCUUCAAAGAAAAAGAAUUCACGUGUAUGUUAAAUUUGAUUGCCGAAGGGCGCAACAGUGUGAUAAUCCUGAAGAAUAGAAAUCGCCUUCACGUUUUAUAAAGCAUCAUUCGAACGAGAGACGAAAAUACUAAAACGAACUGUGAAAUGUUUCUCAAGCGAUUAUAACAAUUAUCUUUUGAAUAAUCGUAAAAAAUGUACGCACGCGUAAUAAAAAAAUAUAUGAAUAUACAUGUGUAAAGUACGUAUAUGGUACAUAUUGUUAUCAUAGGCAAACAAUGUAGCAAAGAAAUUUCUAUUAUUUUUCUAUAUUACCAUGUAGCAUGUGAUAUAAAGAAACCUAGUGAUUUGUACGAUUCUCGUUAUGAAUCGUAAUGUGAUAGAAUCUAUUGUAACUUAUUAAUACUAAUGGGAGAACUGCUAAUCUAGCGUCCAAUUAAUUUCGAUAUGUGAUUCACCAGCGAAUCAGUUUGAAAGUGAAAA